ACAGCAAAAAAGGUGGAACGUUUGAUCCAAGGUCAAAUCGAUGCUAUCAGUGUUUGAUUGUGUGAUCUGAUUAAAGCUCUUAUCCUGGUUCGGCGAUCGACACGGCAGCCUGCGCUAUGCGGAAGUAGUUUGGCACUCUGGAAUGAACCGUUGUUUACUUUGGCGUUUAAGUGGAUUGAUAUAAAUUAUAAACAUUGUUGGAGACUUUUGGAUGGCGGAUGAGGUGCAAAUCUCUCACACACUGCGCUUAACAGCGUGAAAACACGAGAAAAGCUCAAAAGCCAGUCAUUCUAGCACUGACUGAACAGCGAUCGAGUGAGAGGAUGCAGGCGAGCAGUCAGGAGGCUCCACCCGCCACAGGAGAGCGAACAGAGCCGAGCCGGAUGUCCAGUAAAGACACGUCAUCCCUGGACAGCACGUCUGACCUGGUUAGCCCUCGAACCGUGACCUUUGACCUAUUCAGUAUGGUGGUCUCUUACAAGCGGAUGGCCAUCUUUCUGGAACCGGUUACAGAUGUGGUGGAGGUGCUGCGCUAUUUACUCGGGUGGAGAAUGCCUUUGUGUUCUCUCUUCUUCUGCAUCCUACUGAACGUCCUCUUCAUCACACUGAGUGAAGUGGUCUGGUUCUCUGUGCUCCUGAUGGCAGUCUCUGUCCCUGCUGUGCUUGGUUACCUUGGUGACCGUUGCCAGCACGAUGGCAGUGACACAUCUGUGGAGAAAAAGAGUCACUACGCAGUGCAGCGCAGAGAGCUUCAGACCGUCCACAUGAGUCGCCAGGAAGCAAUGAUGGAGGUUAAAGGCCUAUUAAAGAGGCUGGAUGAGUUCCUGACCCAGGCAUGUGUAUACACAGAGUCUGUGUAUAAGGUCUUGUACUGGGAGAGUCAUGUAGCCUCUUCUGUGUUUUACGGCUUCCUCCUGAUGACUGUGUGUUUGCUGUACAUGGCUCCUGUAGGCUGGAGUCUGUCUCUCAUCAACAGCAUCCUCUUCAUCUGGAACAAAGACUUUUGCAGGGUUGUGUGGCAGCUUAAGGACUUGUUCCGUUCAUCUCCAGUCCAGCCUGCAGAAGGAGAGUCAGAAAAGAGCAACCCAGACCCGAGCCACCUGUUAGACCGAACUCCUACUCCCACCAGCCUGGAGGAUCUUUCACCAGGAAGUGUGGAGGAGGCUGAGGAGGCGGAGCCUGAUGAUGAGUUUAGAGACCCAAUAGAGGUGUGGCCUGCAGUCUCUGGGCUGACCAAAGCCCUGUGGAGACGAAUAAUUCAUAAGGAUGAGGAUGACAAUGCAGUGGGCGGAGCUGAUUACGACUCCGUGUCUGAUAACGGUUUGUUGAGCAGAAACGAGCCGAUACGCAGCCGUGUGUCCAAACUCACAGAGAAACUCCGCAAGCGUGUGCCCACUAACCCCACAGGUAACUGUUCCAGCUGUUCCGCAGCGUUCUCCGUGUUAAAGAAGAGGCGUUCCUGCUCUAACUGCGGUCUGAGUCUGUGUUCUCGCUGCUGUUCCUACAAAGUGCUCAAGUCCAGUAUGGGAGCUACAGCUCCAGAGGCUCAGAGAGAGACAGUGUUUGUGUGCUCUCAGUGCAACAUGCUUCUAAGCACGAAGUAGCCACCCCAUAAUAGUCCUUUCCAGCACGUCCAGAAGUGUGUGGAGCUCUGUGCUCUCCUGAGGUUCCUGUCUCAUCUCUCCUUCCUCCUGCUUCCUGUAAAGCUUCAGUAGGUGUUUCUGUUUCUGCUCGAGCGGCUCAGCGGGGACCGAACCUCAGUCAGACUCUCUGAGAAGUAGAUCAUAACAGACACGUGGUGACGGAGCUGCUGUAACCGUCCCUGCUUUUCCCUUUUGGCAGGUCAUGUGACCUCAUCCUGUGCCGCACGUCUAAAAUCUGUGGCUGUUCUUAGAAAUAAUCAGCUGAUUCGUUCAUUCGUCCCCAUAGCAACGUGUUCUAGAAUCCUCGCCUGCUCCUUCGAUGUUGAUUCCAGAACCUGCUCGUUACGCGUCUUCCUCUGAUGUCCGUCUGGUUUUACAACGAUCGACUGCACCUUUGGCCUCUUCUGGUGUCACGUUCCAGGACCUGAUCAACCUUCUGUAGACGUUAACGCUAAAAGAUUAACUCCAGGACGAGCACAAGCCCCGGCUGCUUUUAGAUAUUUAUUCCCAUCUGCCUCGGAGUUUCAGCUUCAACGGUUCAUAUAUCAAAAGUUCUGUAAACACAACGCUAAAAGUCAGCGACCGCCGUCAGGUAUCAGGACGUAGCUCACCGCUAAUUGGUGGUUGCUGGCUUCGGUUCAGUGUUAGCUGCGUUAGCGUGCUCAGCUUAUCGAUUCUUUAUUAAUAGCUUGUCGUUAUUGUUGUUGCUACGGCGCUACGAUAACCCCGCCCACACCUUCUCCACCGAGAACGCGUCCAUCGACCUUCCUUCUGUCUUUUAGAUUUAAGAACGAAUUCCACUGUAAUGCAGUCGUUUCUCCUGCGUAUUGUUUUAUCUGUCAGCAGCCGUAUUGCACAUCAGUGUUACUGUUAGACGUUACGUCGCCACAUCCACUGUUUCCUUGCUGUUUUUGUUAUUUUUAUUUUAAUCGACUGCUCACGCGACAGGCUCGUGGUCUCGACUCCUGAGGAUUCCCCGUGACGGUGACGGCGACUCAUCAGAGAGCCUUCGUCUAACAGCUUCCUCUUCCUCUGUGUCUGAGUGUCACGAUGUUUCCGAUCUGGAUUCUUCUUCUCGUCCUUUAUAUCACUUUUAUUCAUAUGUAUGGAAAAGAGAGAGAGAGAGAGAGAGAGAGAGAUGAGUGCGGUUUUGUUUUCUCAUUUAUCACUGUUCAUUUUAAUCCUUUUAUUGUUUGUUUUUUUUUUUUGUUUUUUUUAAAGAUGCUACUGAAUGUAAGAUGUUUCUAUAUUUUAACUGUCUGAUCUCUGUACUGUAAGACGUCUGUAUUAAAGCUCUGUCUCUGGACUCUGUCACAUCCUGAGCAGCGUGGAGCUCGACUGGUUCACAAGUUUAAUAAACGCAGUUAGAGAAAUAA